CUCUGCCAUGGCUCCGUGAACUUGCACAUGGCGGCUGACAGCCAUGACUCGAAACAAUUCGGCAAAUUCGACCAUAAAUUAACCAACUGCCAUCUGCAUCUAAUCCAAAUAAGUUCAUUUCUGCAAUAACCAGCGCUACGGGACGGCUUUCGUUAACUGUCAAAGGCUCGGAGUGGCGCUAACGCUUCACUUUGCUCCUCCAACAGUUUUCUUUUUCCGUUUUUAUUCCGGCUCACUUGUUACGUUUUGGUCAUGGGCGUUCAGGGUUUCCAGGAGUACUUGGAGAAGCACUUUCCCAGCGCCGUGGUGCCGGUGGAGCUUCACAAACUGGCCCAGGGGAGCAUGGUCGGUGGUGGCCGGCACAGACCCCCGCAGGGUCCGCUCAGGCUGCUGCUGGACGCGGAGAGCUGCCUGCACCGGCUCUACGGGGGCUUCUACAGUGACUGGGUGAGCGGAGGCCAGUGGAACAACAUGUUCGUCUAUCUGUCGGCCCUCUCCAGGGCCUGCUUCAACAACAACAUUGAACUCAUGGUUUGCUUCAAUGGCGCCCUGGAGAAAGGCCGUCUUCACGACUGGGUCAAGCGGCAGGUGAACGACAGACAGACCAGUCAGCAGCUCAUGAGCCACGUCCAGAACAAGGGGACUCCUCCGCCCAAAGUUUGGUUCCUGCCCCCUGUUUGCUUGGUGCACUUCAUCCGACUGGCACUGCUCAAGUUCCGCGUCAGGGUCGUCCAGAGCCUGGAGGACCACCACCUAGAAGUGAUGACCUUAUACCGAGAGAACGGCUUCCAUGGUUUGCUGGCCUACGACUCAGACUACGCCUUAUGCAAUGUCCCAAACUACUUCAGCUCAUACAUCCUCAAAUUGAGCCGCAACGGCAAAAGCUUGACCACCAGCCAGUUUCUGAUGGAGGAAGUGGCCCAGCAUCUCCAACUGGACCCAAGUCGAUUUGUCAUUUUUGCCUGCCUGUUGGGGAAUCACAUCCUGCCUGAUGAAGACUUGGCUACUUUUCACUGGAGACUUCUUGGACCUAAACAUCCGUUAGUGUCAUUGAAGGUGCGUGCCCACCAGCUGGUGCUGCCGCCGUGUGAUGUUGUAAUUGAGGCUGUGGCUGAUUUUGUACGCAACAUUCAAGACACCACUGACCUGGAUGCCAUUGCUAAAGACAUUUUCCAGCCUUUGCAGUCUUGCACUGAAGAAAAAGUGAUGCGCUUCAAGAAGGCAAUGGAGUACUACUCCUCUGCGAGCAAGCGCCUGCCGUCAGACUCAAUGACACAAAAACACCAGCAGAGGAGUCCUGUGGUGUCCCAGCAGGAAUCGGGUGAAUCCCUCAACAUUCCACAGGUGCCAUCUUCCGAGCAGUCGUGUUCGCUGCCACUGGCAGGACUAAGUCCUGUUAUCGACUCAACUAAGCAAUGCCCCCUGCUGGAGAGCAAGUCCGGCGACACUCCCCAUGAUGGAAAGCACAAGCCACUGUAUGAGAGGUCUUUGCCAAUCAACCCAGACCAAGCAAGCAGCUCUGAUGACACUCAGGCUACUCUCCUGACCAACUCUCCGAAACCCUUGUCCGAGCCAGAGAAAAAUGAUGACACAACCAAGAAUGACAGAAAUGAUCUUCAAGGAGGAUGUGAGAAGAAAGAAAACUCACAAGGGGACCAAGCAAAAACCGACGUGCCACACUCUGGAGACACUUUCAACUUGAACGCACAGAUCCCCUCACUGCUGUCCAUGCCCACCAGGAGUCACAUGGACCUGACCACACCCCCCCUGCCCACCGUCGCUCCAGAGGUCCUGCGGGUGGCCGAGCACAGACAUAGAAAGGGCCUGAUGCACCCCAACAUUUAUCACAUUCUAACCAAGGGCGAGGUUAAGCUUCUUGUCACCAUUGAAGAUGAAGCCACCAUAGAACUCCCUUCCUCCAAUCAGCUGUUUCGACCAGUCCGUCAAUAUGUUUACGGGGUUCUGUUCAGCCUUGCUGAGGACUGGAAGAAGGCUGAGAGACUUGCCACACGCAAAUGCUGCCUGCCAGAAUAUACUUGCGUCAUGGUGAAAGAGUGGUCUGCUUACAAGGGCAAGUCUCCUGACACCCCUGAGCUGGUGGAGGCUCUGACAUUCAGGGAAUGGACGUGUCCAAAUCUGAAGAAGCUGUGGCUCGGGAGAGCUGUGGAGGACAAGAAUCGCCGGAUGAGAGCUUUUCUGGCCUGCAUGCGCUCCGACACUCCUGCCAUGCUGAACCCUACCAACGUUCCCGCCUCCUUCCUGGUGCUGUGCUGUGUUCUGCGGUUUAUGCUACAGUGGCCGGGAGUAAGAGUGUUGCGUCGUAACGAACUUGAUGCUUUCCUGGCCCAAGCGGUUUCUGCGAAACUUUUUGAGCCUGACCAGCUGCAGGAACUCAAGAUCGACGUCCUGGACAGCAGAGGAGUUCAGCUUGCCGCUCUGUUUAUGAGUGGGGUGGACAUGGCUCUGUUGGCUAACGACUCGUGUGGCCAGCCCGUUCCCUGGGAGCACUGCUGCCCAUGGAUGUUUUUCGACGGCAAGCUGUUUCAGAGUACGCUUAUCAAGGCAAACAGGGAGAGAGCUCAGCUCAUUGACCUCUGUGACGGUCAGACAGAGCUGGUGGCCAAAGUGGAGAAAAUGCGUCAGAGUAUUCUUGAAGGCCUUAAUUUCACACGACCAGCUCCUCUGUUCCUGGCGCCUCCACCACCUCCUUGCGUGAUUCCUUUCUACUCCUCUCCAGCUCCCUUUUACCCCUCACCCUUCCAUGCCCCGGGAAGAGGCAGGGGCUUAUCAGAACCUCCAGGAAAACCCUCACAUGGUGGUAAGCUGGAAAUAGCCGGGACCGUGGUGGGGCAAUGGGCUGGAUCUAGACGUCGGGGAGGGUUUCCGGUCCAAGUGGUGUCAGUCGGUGGACCUAACAGAGGUCGUCCAAGAGGAGUCAUUUCAACACCAGUCAUCAGGACCUUUGGUCGUGGAGGUACUAUGUACCCUCCUCGAGUGUACAAGAGCCAGAAUAUCUGCCUGAAUAAGCCUGCCCAUCAAACUGCUUACACAUCCCAGGGCGAUGUGGUGAAGGAAAAGAAGGGGCCAGAGGAGGAGAAGAAAUCCUCCCUGGUGAUGUGCGACGAUUCAACUGUGGCGAAUGGUAUUGAGCACGUGGAUCCUGAUCUGCAGAAUGGAGAUGAAGAGAAACAUGCUGCUCUCAUCUGACCUGAAAGUGCCUUUUUCAGAGACUCAAAAUUGUGCAAUACUGAUCCAUACUCAAAUGCACUAAACAUAGAUGGUCGCCAUAGAGACGGUGGCUCGGAGACAGCCGUCUUAAAAGAAGAGUGAGCCAAUUUGUCUCGAGUGGAAAAGGAAAUAAAUUUAAAAAUUAAUAUUUUUUAUUCUUACAGAUGAAUACUGGUAAACUUAAAAAGGCACAGUGUCAUUUAUUAAUAUGACAAAAGUCAACACAGAAUAUUUUUUUCUUUCUGAGCAUCACUCGUGGUUCAUUAAUCUCUUGAGGUUCGGGUUUGUUGGAAUUUCGCUCACAAAAAUUUACGUUCACAAUUACAAGUCAUAGACAGCGUAAUCACAACGUUGUGACCACCUUUUAAAUAUUGUGUAGAUUCCCAUUGGGUAUGAAUACGUCUGCUGUUGCCAGGUGUUCUGGUCUGCAGUGGCUAGUAGUUAGAGAAAUAAGAAACACAAGCGAGGCAUCUUGUGAACCACUGCUGGCCUUGGAAGCACUUUAGUCAAGCCUAAUUCACAUGUCAUCAUGUGGCUGUUUGAAACAGAGUUCCAGCCUCACCAGCUGAAAGGAAACCUGCUCAAUGUUUGUCGGUGGCUACAACUGUACGACUCGUUGGCGUAUAAAUGCACAUUUUUCCUGACACAUCUCUAGUUCUUCUCUCUUUCGAAAAGUGAUUACAUUUCAGUUAAGUUAAAACUGACUUAAGUUAUUAGCAAGUGAAUACUUUAUUAAGCAUCCAAGUUGAAAGGUUGGUUCCUGUCUCUAAACUUAUCACAUGUUUGUCUUUGCUGUAAAAACAGUUAUAACAGUUAGAAGUAAAAAAAAAUAACCUGUUUUUGAGUUACACUUUAUUGUAGACUAUACUUCCUUAAUAACUACGCUUGAAACAGUUUGCUCCUUUUAUCGCCACAAAUCAUCUCAAGAGAUUUAAAUCAUGCCUUCUGUUUCUGAUAGUUAUCUAAAACCUGCUUUCCCUUCCCAACCAUUUAUAGUCUACACUGGAUGUAUGUGGAAUCAGAGAGUUCCUCAAGGUUAGUCUGGCUUGCUGUUGAUGAAAUGAAGUGUAAACAAUGGCUGCAAUGCUUAAUAAAACUAUAUUC